CCAUAUCGGCAAGGCAUGCCUCGAUCCUCCAAUACCACAUGAUCCACCACGAUACUACUCCCCACCUAACACCCGACUUCUGACACGAGACCUCCAAACCCGAAAACGCGACAGUAACAAUGGAACCACCUACCAAAAGACCCCGACUCUCAAUCGCCCCAGACACAUCCCAAGAUACCUAUCCCUACCCCUCCCCAUCUCCAGACCCAACAGCCGCCGACGAAAACGAAAUCAACCACGAAAAUGAGAAUGAGUAUGACCAAGUCGACAUCCAUGCCGCGCGCGCGCAAAACGACCAACGCCUCAAAACGAUCUUCGAGAGCAUCUUCGAGAAAUAUAGCAGGGAUUUCACGGAGGUUGGCGAUGAGAUCGAUCUACAGACUGGGGAGGUUAUUGUGGAUAAUGGGCAUUUGUUGGGGAUGGAGGGGGAGGAUGAUACUGGGGAUGCAGGUCCUGAGUUAGGCGCGGAGGGUGGACAUGAUGUUGAGGAUGAGCAGGAUGGCGACGAUGAUGGAGGAUCAGGGACUGAGACUGAUACUGGGCAGGGAGAAGGGGGUGGAGCUUAUGAUCAUGGGAUAUGGUCUUUUACGGGAUCGCAGACUGGGCUGAGGCAUCAUGGGGAUAACAAUGCGUGGGAAUGGCAAGGAGAUGGCGAUGAUGCAGACGACGAUGAUGCAGACGACGACGAUGCAGACGACGAUGAUGCAGACGACGAUGAUGCAGACGACGAUGAUCAUGCAGACGACUAUGAUGAUGACGACGAUCGAUCAAGUGUUGAUUCGCUGUUGGAUACUGCUAUGAGCAUCGAUAAUCCUACCGCCAAAGAACCAGUCGAUGAAGCAUCCCACUCUUUACGUCGCAUUGACAACGCGAAGAACGACACGCGUGAACCAGUCGAGUCGAUAUGGCGCGCCCCUGAAAUCACCCCAAAGUUCUCGUUCUUGACUCCCCAACCGCCUCCCAGCAACAACAAACCUACUAUCAACUACAAUCCUGCACGCUCUGUAUCACCACCAGGGGCACGCUCACUAUGGGCUGUUCCGCAGCCUGGAAGACCCAGGAAAACCAAUACCGAUAUUCCGAAGGAGAAGAAGGCGAAAAAGGACGUGAAUGUGAAAACGAAACCGAAAACGAGUCCGAAAAAGACUACUGCCCCCAGCACGAGCAAACCAAAACAAUUCUCCAGUCCUGUGAAAAAGGGCGACUGGUCAUUCGCAAUUCACAGCCGGGGAAGUGAUUCGGAAUCGGACGACCCGUUACAGGAAGAUAUUCAGCCAUCGCCUACGCCGAAGAAUCCGUUGAACAUUAGAGGGAAGAGUUUAGGGUCGGUCACGCCGAGUCGGAAUCAAACAAGCACGAUUGAUGGACGCGCUACGGAUUCGAAAUCUCGAUUUACACCAAAAACAAUUGCUCCUACUCCAAAACACCUCGCCAACGACACCCGACGACGUAAAACUAAUAGUGACAAUGCGCCACAUCCACAAAAAGCAAUCGAAAGAAAUUCUCGCUCAUUCCCCAGUCGACAAAUGAACCAUUUGAGAGACUGGAACAAACGGCAUUGGAGCCGACGUCGCGCUAAUCCGCCUCAACUUUCAAGACCAUGGUACUAUGGUCGUCGGAAGAACGGGAUAAAUUAUCUGUGCUCAAGGAUAAGAAUGGUUUGUCUUGGAGUGAUAUCCAGAAGGAGUUUCCCGGGAGGUCGCAUGCGGGGAUCGAGUUUGAGUUGUUGAGGCUCUGGGUGGGGGAGGAGAUUUUGGAAUGAGAGUGGGAAGGAUCAGGAUGAAGAGGCGGGACAGGAUCGGCUGGGUGAUCUGUUGGAUGAUUCG